AUUUGUUUGUUCCUUUUACGAGACAGUGGAGCUACCAUUUAACUACCCCAAAUAUCCGCCUAGUAUUUGUCCAGACUUGUGUGUUAGGUACAAUUUAGCAUUUUAAACAUUGGUCUGCAGUCUUGAAGUAUACUCGAUUCUAUUAUCAGAAGACAGUUUUCCUACUUCAACCUGGGCUGCCCAGGGGAACACCCACACUUCAGUCAAUAUAUCACGCCGGUCGGCUGCGUGCGCUCCGUGUCGAGUGUUUGGUGGUGGGGGAGACAUCAUGUCGGAUGUAUUACCCUACAACGAGGAGAAAAUAACUCACUAUGGCGAUGACGAGGACGUGGGGCAAAUCUCCAUCACCUGUCGUCUGCAGGAUACUAAUAACUUCUUCGGGGCUGCCCAGAAUAAAAGGCCCCCCAAACUCGGUCAGAUUGGAAGAAGUAAACGAGUUGUCAUCGAGGAUGACAGCAUCGACGACGUUCUGAAAAACGAAACAGAGAAAACGCAGGCAGGUGUCUAAAGUGAUCCAAAGACGUUGAUUAGAGGAGAUUGGUAACCAUGCGUCACGCUCUUUUUUGGCAAAAAAAAAAAAAAACAGCACUUUGAAAUCACUCGCAAAAAUGGGCAGUCCACCAUAGUCCUUUUGCAGGCUUGUGAACAGUAAAGGUGGAACAUUUUCUGUCUGAUGGUACGUAAUGAAAGUCUUAUCGAUUGAUCUUAACCCAUCCAGAUGUGCAAAGGCAUGAAAAUGGAAUUGUGUCCCCAGAUUUAGAGCCAGUAUUGUACGACUCAUAGCAUGGGAAGAAGGAGAAUGAUACAGAAUAAGCACACCAUGUAUCUCAGUCCCUUAGUAUUCUUCUCUCGUACCCUGGCUAAAGAUGAGCACUUUGUUUACUUUGUAUUUUUGCAAAAAAAUAUAGUCAUCUUUUUUUUUUUGGUGCAAAAUGGAUGUAAAACGCUUUUUGAUGUUGCUCACCUGUACAAAUAGAUCAUUUAUUAACUUUUGGAUACCUAUUUUGCAGUGCUGAAGGAUGGAACAACGUUUUAUAUAGAAUGAAAAAUUAAGGUGUUACUUUUUUAUUAUGAAUUUGAUGUUGCUUGAUUUCUAUUUUGUUGUUGCUAUAAACUGCCUGCUCAUUUGAAAGUGAGAAGCUGUUUUUGUUACCCAGUUAUUUAUAGAAUACCUGGUCUUAUUUCUCUUUUUGGUAAAAGUGUUUGUCAUUAUUCUUUCUGAAUGAAUAAGUAUAUUUUGGGUAUAUUUUAUCGAACAUAAUCAUACCUGUGCCAAAUAUCUCGGGAGGUUCCAGUCAGCUUGACUCUCCGUAUUCUGAAUAAAUGUAAUAUGUUUUGUUAAUGUUUUGUUGCCCCGUCAUGUUUGCGGUCCAGGGCCUUCAUAAUGGUGAGAUAUCAGCUUUUGCAUGAAACAGGCAAAGUUGCCUAUUGCACCUGUGAAACUGGUAAACUAUUGAACAUCUUGUUUGCAACUUCAAAUGACCGACCUCAAGAACCUUCUUUAAUUGAUAUUGUGUAUGUUGCACUUUGAACUCACUGAAUAGGGCUAUUUCUGCAAUGUACAAAAACAACAUUAAAAUUAUUCAAAACCA